AUGGUUUUUCAGCUGUGGUGGAGCCACCAUUAUCACAUGUGGGAUGGCCUUGGCUUCUUGCCUCCUCCUUACCAGGGAUUUGAAGAGCAGGCACCACCUGCAAUACCCAGUGAGAUGAAGAAACAAGGAUUUGGAGGGAAAACCACUUGCCUGGUUUUAGACAACUGUUCUCAAACAUCUUCAAAUAAAGAAGUGGUUAUAAAGAAAGGUCAACAGAAUAAUGGAGAUAUGAAACCAAUCCAGAAUUUCACAACAAUACCAAUCAUGAAGGCUUUUAAAAAUCUGAGCCAAGAGGGACAUUUAGAAAAAGAACAUGGGAAUGCCUUCAGCCAUCAUAACCCUGUUAAUGUCUCCGUUGAUGGAAUUUCCUGCAUUCUCUUCUGGGCUAAAAGAAUAACAAUUAAAUUUAAGAAUCUGACCUGGCUGGACCUUACAGAUGAAACAUUUGAUCAAAAGGCAGUAGUGGAUACUGGCAACUCAAACUGCAGUGAGGAAAGUGCCACGUUGUCUCUGAAGUUUGGUGAUGCUGAAAAUCUACAAAGCUUUUAUAUGAGAUUCUUCCUUACCACUUACAACAAAUUGUCCAGCCAGAGUUGGUUUACUUUGCACAGAGUUGAGAUUAUUUUCAACAAUUCAGUUCAAGCAACUUUUAAUGUAACUGGCAUCUAUGCUCCAUCAAGUUAUUCCUACCACUGCCAACGUGUCAGCAGCCUGCAGCAGCAUGAUGCUCUCUUGUUGCCCAGUGACACAGAUGACAUGUCAAGCUUGUGGGAAGUCACCUUCAUUGAUUUUCAGAUCCAAGGCUUUACCACUGAAGGGCAGCAGUUUGCCAAGGCCCGGGACUGCACCUCUUCCUUCUCUCCAGCUGUUUUGAUUGGCCUGGCCAUGUCCCUGAUCCUGCUGCUGGUGCUGGCCUAUGCCCUGCAUAUGCUCAUCUACUUGCGCUAUCUGGACCGGCACUAUGAAUUUAUCACCUCUCCUACUCAUUUCCCACCGUUGAAAACUCGAGACCUGGCAGAGGAGAAGGAACUGCUCAGGAGCCAGGGAGUUGAAUGCUAUGAACUGAGGAGCCAACAGAUCUGCAAGAUUUAUGUUUAACAAGCAUGGGCCUCUCUCCUCUCUCUUUCUCACCAUGUCCACAAUGGCUCUUAAAGAUGUGGUUUCUCUUCUGUGUUGUUUCACUUG